AUGUAUUGGCCAUUAGGUGCACCCAGAGUAUAUGCAGCGACUAGACGGAAAAAGAAACUUCCAGCCCCAGAGCACGAAGAGGAGGACAGCGAAGUUGUCAGAGAGAAGGCUACUAACAUCCUGGGUCUGCGAGUGGCUCGUAAUGGGCAUGUUUUGGUCACGAUUACAGAGACCACCUUGACCGUCUGGCAGACAUCACCAGUAGUAGUGCUAGCCUCCGUAACACGCUCCAUCCAAUCCCUCAGCAAUUACGGCCACAACGUGGGCGUUCUUCUCCGACCAGACUCUUCAGUAGCUGUCGUACAGACAGCCAACAGCUUUCUCGUUACUUACUCAAUCAUUCCCGAUCCGACCGCUCGAGUAUACCAACAAAUUUGCGAUAAUGGACACGGCCGAAGACAGAGCAACGCGGACCGCUUGGCCGUGGAAGAGGAGAGAAGAGGUUUUCCGGAGGUGAACAUUCGGUUUCGCAUGGUCAUCAAGGUUGACGCUGGGCUCAAGAAGGUUCUUGCGCUUGAUGAUGAGUUGGUGGUGGCUACGGAGAGACCGCCGGCUGUGCAGUGUAUUCGAUGGGCGCCAGAUGAUGCGGGGAAACAGACGAGCACAGAGCUGCUGAGCCGGAUGAGCUGGAUUCAGAAAAAGUCGUGCGUGACUGAUAUGGUCUAUGAUAGGGCUAUGAGCCUUGCAGUCUGGAUUACAAGCGAAGGUCAUGCCUACGCUGUACAAAGACUGCCUCCGCAGCCGAAAGAGUCGGAGGGGCCGAAAAGGCUCUUCCGUGGCUACGGCUUUCAUACGCCAGAACGAGAGGAGGACAUGGCAACCAGAGCGGCAAUAAAUGCGAGGUUCUCUUUGUUAGCUGUAGGCUGUGGCAACGCUGAAAUACACGUUUAUACGGCAAGAGACUAUGUUGGCAGCAUUCCACUAUCGCACAAGCUGGAACAGCCGGCGUCUAUAGUCUCUACCGGACAGAUCAGUACGCUAAGCUACUCCCCGGAUGGCUACUGUCUCUUUGCUGGGUACGAGAAAGGUUGGGCGAUCUGGAGUGUUUAUGGCAAAAUCCAAGGAAGCAGCUUCAUGGCUGACCGCAAGAUAUCCGAAAACAAUGGAGAAGGUUGGCUGCAGGGCGUACAUGAAGCAGCCUGGCUCAGCGCUGGCUCAGAAAUAUUGCUUACAGGCCAGAACGAUGACCGAUUGUUCCUCCUUGAGAUGGCAAAGAGUGCCGUGACUGGAUGCUUCUGUGCAGCCAAUGUGUCUCGCACAGUGUUAUUGACCAGCUCAGGGCUCAUGGUAUACCGAGGAUACGAUCUACCCGUGCUCACAACAAUCUCAGCCGAUGCAUCUUUGUGGCAUCAUGUGCAGAUCCCCUCAACAUAUCUAGCGAACCAACGCCCGAUACGGUCCGCUGUGAUCUCUUCCGAUGGCAGAUACGUGGCGGUUGCUGGUAGACGCGGACUCGCACAUUACAGUGUCACUAGCGGGCGAUGGAAAACUUUCGAUGAUAUGCAGGCUGAAAACACCUUUGUGGUUCGAGGCGGUAUGUGCUGGUAUCAACAUAUCCUGGUUGCUGCUGUGGAGACCGAUGAGCAUCACGAGUUACGUCUAUACUCACGAGAACGUGGUUUAGACGACUCCUCUCUUCUCUACUUCGAACAGCUUCCUUCACCGGUCGUUUGCAUCGCACUUACAGGGUCAGACUCGCUUCUCGUAUAUACUUAUCAAAACAUACUCUACCACUUCGUAAUCAACGCCUCUUCCGAGGCUGUGACCCUUGUUCAGGUAGGGCAGAUUGCCUUGAAUGGCAUUGUACGAGCACCUGCGCGAGUCAGGGCUGUCAGCUGGAUCCUUCCCGACCACCAAUUGCGGGAGGGUGACCCAUCGCAAGAUGUUGCUCACGCGUCCGUGAUCUUCCUCGUUGAUGCUAAGCUUGUGCUACUGCAGUCCUCCACGAAUGUUGGCGGCGACUUGAAGUACGACAUGCGUGUCAUUGCUAAUAACGUGGAAUACUUCGACCUCAUGAGAGACCAAACACCGUUGCUGGAAUCGCCCAGUCGCUCGCUGCCACCAUCGCCAGCUGCUGAGGGAGCACUUGACGCAUUCUACACAGAUCGCGGGCUUAGGGACUCGCUCUGGUACUUUGACGGUAACGACAUACAGUGCUGGAUGGACGUCGAGGAUCUCAUCGAAGCAGCAUCUACAUCCAACGACAGAGAGUUACCACCUAGUGUCUCCAUAUCUGCAGAUUUCUACCCUACUUCCAUCGUCCUCAAAAAAGGCAUCCUACUAGGCAUAGAUGCCGACCUGGUGCAACGGCGCGACGUGCAAUUCGCCUUCUUCCGCUUCUCCAUCCGGACGCAAUUGUUCCUCCCACAAAUUAUCCAGCGCCACAUCGCCCACUUCGACACGUCAGCUGCCUCAAACCUCGCCCACCGAUAUCAGGCGCUCCCUUACUUUUCACAUGCCCUCGAGAUUCUUCUUCAUACUGUUCUGGACGACGAAGUCGAUAAACCACCAGAUCCUGAACAUGCUCAGCUACCUGCUGUUCUCUCAUUCUUAUCUUCUUUUCCUGACUACCUCGAUAUACUCGUUCAAUGCACCCGGAAAACAGAAGUUCGAUCAUGGCGAACCCUCUUCUCGCACCUGCCACCCCCACAGGAGCUUUUCGAAGCAUCGUUGCAGAAAGGCAUGCUCAAAACGGCAGGUGGAUAUCUGCUCGUGCUGCAUACUUUCGAAGAGAUGGAAACCAGCUCUGAGUCGUGCGUCCGACUCUUACAGCAAGCCAAAGAAGCUGGAGACUGGGACUUGUGCAAGGAACUCGCCAGGUUCUUAAUGGCGUUGGAUGAGACUGGGGAUACUCUGAGAGCAGCAUUAGAGCGGAUGGAUCUAAAUUCAACGGCCACUGAGAAUGACAGCGUGAAAUUGAAGACGCCGCGGCCAAAUACGGCCAUGAAGCGGUAUUCGACCCAGAGGCAGACCAAUGGUAGGCCGAGUCCUGUGAGUAAUGGGGACAAAAGCUCAGCGGGCUUGGGCCUAGGAAUUGUGACAGGGCAAGAUGGAGAUAGUGAGGAUUACUUUUCACCACGGAGAGCAUAG